CUCUUUUCUCUUUUUUUUUCUCUCUCUUUCAUCUAAUCCCAGCCUUUUUGUUUUCUCUCUUUCUUUUUCUCUUGGUUUUUUUUCUGGUUUUCUGGUAACUAUUACUUUCAACAGUAACUUCAUCAUCAUCAUCAUCAUCAUCAUCAUCACCAUCAUCAUUAUUAUUGCUAACAUUUAGUAGAAAAUUACAACAAUCAAGAAAAAAAAUCUCUCUAUCUUUUUCUUUAUUACUUUUUUUUUCUUACCCAAGGCAAUUAAAUUAAACUUUUGUUUACUUCUACCUCAGUAAACACUGUUAAUCUCAGUUACCCGGAUGUGUCAUUUGUCUUAUGAUCAACUAAGAGAUUGGGAUCGAUCACAAUUGUUUCCAUUUUCUCUGUGCAAUGGUGGCUCCUGAUCACUCUUUUCACUGUUAUUGUUACUCUUUGUUUUAUCCUCUUAACCUUCCUAUUAAUAAUUGUGAUUUACCUGUUGAAUCUUCGUUCUUUAUCAUCACAGAUAUUACCAAUAUUUUAAUCGGAUUACAACCCAUAGUCAACUAAUAACUUAUCAAAAAAUUUGGUCUAAAUCGUUGCUUCCAAUUGCUGCAAACCAAAUUGGAUUACGAUCUGACGAAAUUCAAACAUUAUCUAACAUCAAGCACAAAUUUCAAGAAUUGAAUGCAAAUCAUUUAAAGAUAUAUUUCCUUGUUAUUUUGAACUACUUUCUAAGUAACAACACCAUCUUCAUCUUAAUCAUCAUCCUUGAAACAAACCUCAUCAGUACAAACACACCGAACAGUUGCUUUAAAAAUAAUUAUUUUGUACCAAAAAUAUUCUUACAUUUAAAGCAACAUCAUCGUCAUCCACUAUUACACUUUGAUAAUAUUUAUCUUUUAUCAAGAUUACCGACAAAAUGGAUCGUAAACCUCCUCGUUUUAAUUUCCUUGGUAAAAGAGCCUCUGAUAACAACGAUUCACUGACAACUCCAAUCAUUGAUCCAAAUUCACCUUUAUCCACAACUGGUCCUCAUUUUCCUUCAUUUGACCAUCACCCUGAAAACGGUUUCGGACAAUAUUUACAAGAACUUUCUCAAUCAGUUUCUGAUGUUUGUGAGACUCCCAAACAAGACAAGCCUCAAGCCUUCACACUAUUUCCCUCUCCAACUACCUCUUCAAUACCAACACCAGCAAUAAAAUACAACCAUCGUCAUCAACAAUCUCAACAGUCACAAUUACAGACUCCAACAUCAUCACAGUCUCAAUCUUCAGCUCAUCAACCUCACAACAUUUCUAACAAUAAUCAUCAAUUACCCAAUGGAUCAAAUGUUCAAUCUUUAAAUAAUCUACCGGCACCAGAAGUUUCCAAUAAAACCCCAUCACCAACACCUCCAAGUGACUCUAAAUCUAAUUCAUCAACAUCAUCUUAUCAAUUAUCAACCUCACCAUCCUUACAUAAUUACUCCAAUUAUUUGUCAACUAAACAACAACAUGGAGGAUCAGAAUAUGUCGCAAACAAUUCUAGUCACCUCAGUCCGAUUCCAGUUACAGUCAUCACAACUGGUUUAUCGUUAACGGCAUCAGCAACGACCACGAUUGCCCCGAAUCUUUCACGAAUCAACCAAGUUAAUCAACGAUUACAACAUUCAUCAUCAAUCGCAUCAUCUUCUUCAUUACCAACCGCUGUAACAUCGUUGAACUUAUCAAAUCACAGUGAAAACAAUUCGACCAACACAUUGUCAUUAUCAACUGAAGAUUUGCCAAGCUCAUCUUCACGUUCCAAUCAUAUUAAUACUUCAGCUCGUCGCCGUGCACCUUUUUCCCCGGUAUCAACAAUAUCAACAUCAUCUCAAGCAUCAACGGUUGGUAAAGAAUCCGCUCAAUAUAUUGUCCCCUCAGGAUCAGAGGAUGAGCAAACCUCACGAGCUACACCAGGUCGAAAAAAGAAAAUGGAUCCAACUCGUCGCUCUAAAUUAACCAAGAAAGAAAAAUUGGAUAGAAUAAUUAACGAAGAGAAACGAUUACAAGCUUCCAAUUCAGCGCUCAAACAGCGAAUUAAAGUUAUGCAGCGAGAUUUUAAUAUUCUUCAAAAUUUCAUAACCAAUAUUUUAAUCGAAGCAGCGAAAUAUAAACGAAAUGAAAGUUUACAACCUCGUCAAGAAGGUUCAGAAGAUUUUAGAGAAACAUCUUCAUAAAAUUGACCAUAAACAUGAGCACAAUUUAAUCGCCACCAAUACGAUCCAAAGUUGGAAAUGAUAAUUAUCUCCACAUGAUUAGUACAAUUUUCGCCAUACGUUCAAUUGAAAAGAGAUCCAAUGCCACAAAUUAGGGAGAACCACAUUAAACCUUAAGUGCUGAUAAUUUAGAUGGACGAUUUGAUUGGAAAUCUAACUGAUCAACUGAUCAUCUCGACAAUCACAAUUGCCUUGUUUCGAUUAAUCAGAUAAUCUCUUCCAUCUGAUUUUCUUUUGCCAUAUUCAAAAAUUUAUGCAAAUAUUAAGAUUUUUUUUCCUUGUUUUCUUUUUAUUUUCUAUUGUCCCAUUUAAAAUCAUAGUUAAUUGAACCUAAAUCCCUUUGCAAUAAUUCAACUAAAUUCAUACUAACAAUGUACAUGUAAUUGUGAUGAAUUCUCUUGGUACAAAACUAAUUAUCUUCCCUUAAUUACCUGGAAAAGCAAAAGAAACCUGUUGAUUAUUUUAAGCUAUGUAACUAAACUUAAAUCUUUUUUUCUUUGGUUGUAAAUAAUAAUACAUAUUUUAUUUAUUCACAUUAAUCAAUAACAUUUUAUACAAUCAGAUCUUGAAACUGAUCUUGUUUCCAUCUUAUUAUUACAAGCAAUUGAUUUUAAUUGUUUGAAGAGUUAAAUUUACUUAAAUUGUUAUAAAAUCCGAUACAAUAAUUUAGAGUAAAUUUAUGAGAUCAAACGGACUCUGAGGUGAAUUAGGACAGAAAUUUGGACUCAAUUAGUUAAUAAGCAUCUCGAACAUGAUUAAAUCAGAAUUAAUUUUUUCUCUUCGAGUUGAGAUGAACUCUAUCAAUACCAUGAAAUCCAAGUACGAAACUUGAUUGUAAAGAUUAAUUGACAACCGAAUCUAAAGUUUGAUUUUUUUCCAACGAGCAAAAUUGUUGAGUUGAAUGAGCAAUUUAAAGAUUUCAAUAAACUUUGACAAUUUAAUAACCUCUAUCGAUUUAACUUCUAAAUUGAAACAAACCGAUUGAUGAUUAAUUAAUUGAUUGAUCAAAACGUUAUUACAAUCAAAUGAUGAUGAUUAUCAAAAGAAAAAGAUUACACAACAAUUUGACUUUGAUUUGUUAACAAUAAUCUAUGAAAAAGCAAAAGAGUAAUGACUUCGUACUAAAUAAUUUAGUUGAUCACAAGACUUGAAUUAAUUGUCACAACGAUGACCACAAAAAGCUUUACAAUUGACUGACCAUUGGUCAGAAAACAUUGAAAAAAGGUCAUCAAAAAAAAAGCUAAUCUGGUGACUUGAAUAAUCUGUAAACUGUUUGUCCAUAUUUUCACUUGAUUAGAAUUAAAUUAAAUUUAGUUACUUGAUUCCAAUCACAAUUUUCCUUUUCUUUUUUUUCUUCUCAACAAUUAGCUAAUCAUUGGGAAAGAAAAUCAAAUCCAUUGUUCACUUUCAACGUAACCUUUUUCAAUAAUCAAUAGAUUACGAUUUCCAGUCAAUUGGUUAAUUCAGUUUAACCUCCUUCUUCCGUUUACAAACUAAGUCAAGUAAUCGCUCAUUGAAAGUAUCUUAUAAAGGCGUCAUCAGAAUUAUCUAAAUUACAAGGAAAUUCUAUCUUUCCAGUUGAUUGUCUUUUCUUUUGUGUAUUGUAUAGUUUUGGAGAGA